AAGUUUACACGUGAGCAAAUGGAUUUGCUUUUAGAUCCUACAGAUGAUGUUCGCUUUGUAGGGAUAUGGGGGAUGGGAGGCAUUGGCAAGACAACCAUUGCUAGGCUUGUUCAUGAAAGCAUUUCUUUUCAUUUUGAAGUUAGCUGCUUUCUUGCUAAUGUUAGAGAGGCUUCUGAAGGUAAUCGUCUUGUUGAUCUACAAAAACAACUUCUUUUCCCUAUCUUGAAGGAACAAAUUGCUCAAGUUUUGAAUAAAGACUGGGGGACCCAUUUCAUUAAGAAUUGUUUAUGUAAUAAAAAGGUUCUUCUCAUUCUUGAUGAAGUGAAUGCAUCAAACCAACUAAAGAAAUUUGCUAAGGAAAAGGAUUGGUUUGGUAAGGGGAGUAUAAUCAUCAUUACAACUAGAGAUGAGCGGUUGGUUAAAAAGCAUGAUAUGGAGAUAUCAUAUAAGGUUGAGGGAUUAGGUGGUGAUGAGGCUCUUGAGCUCUUUAGUCUGAACGCCUUUAAAAAAUUUGAGCCUGAGGAAGGUUUUUGGGAAUUGUCCAAGUGCUUUGUAAAUUAUGCUGGAGGCCUUCCAUUAGCUCUUAAAAUUUUGGGAUGCUCUGUGUAUAAAAGAGAUCGAGAUGAGUGGAAAAAUGAAUUGGAUAAGCUACGGAAAAUUCCUGAGACAGAAAUUUUCGAUUUGCUCAAAAUCAGUUUUGAUAGACUAGAUGAGAUGAACAAGAAUAUAUUUCUUGAUGUUGCAUUUUUCCAUAAGGGGGAGAACAAGAAUAAAGUAAUUGAAAUACUAAACAGUUGUGACCGUUGUGGUGGGAUAAAUGCUCUGGUUGAGAAGUCGCUCUUAACUAUUGAUAUUUCAACCAACCUUGUUUGGAUGCAUGAUUUGAUACAAGAAAUGGCAUUUCAAAUUGUUCGUCAAGAGUCUCCUGAAGAGCCCGGUAGAUGCAGUUGA